CUCCUCCCCCCGCCGGCGCUGCUGGCGGCGGCUCCGGCGGCGGCCCCCUCCGCCGCGGCCUCCCUGCCCCCCGGCCACGGAGCCGGAGCCCGUGAGCCCCAGUGCGCGCUGGCGGGGGAGGUGCAUCCUGGGAAAGAGCAGCCCGACAUGGGUCUCCGCCUGGCCGCCGCGCAGCCCCCGCCGCCGUGCGCAGCUCCCCUCAGCCGCCCGCCCGCCGUCGCCGCCCGCAGCUGAGCGGGAGGGGAGGGGAGUGGAGGCAGGGCAGGGCAGGGGGGCCGGGACGCGGCGGCCUGGCCCGCGCCGGGGAGGGGGCCGCGGCGCUGCCCGCCCCGCAUGAGGCAGGGGGGGGCCGCUCCCACCCGCCCCGCUCGGUCCCUGCCGCCGCCGCCCUGCGCUCAGGGCCCCAGCGGAGCCCCCGCCGUCCCGGCCCCGCGCCCUGCCCCGAUGAUGGACAGGAACUACCCGACGACCCCCAGCUUCGCCGACCCCCUGGCCCCGGCCGCCGCGCAGCCCGCCGCCUCCUGGGCCUACGAGCGGGGCGCCGGCAGCCUCAAGCCCAGCUUAAGCUAUGGAGGAGGACAUUCAUCACAUUCAGAAACAGAUCUUCUUCACAGACAGACAUACACAGCUUCUCAUCAGCUUCCUGGAUACUCUACUACACAUCAUCCUACUGGUCUUUCGGGAAUAUUUGAUACCAGUAUGCACAGUGCUGGAAGUAACACUAAGGAAACUUCUUCAGUUAUGAAUUUUCUCUCUGCUAUUGAGUCUCGUACCGCUCAGGCAGUCUCUUCAGGAUCUACCAUUUUACCACAAUUCAGGGCUCCUUCCUGGCAGACAGGUAUGCAUUCCUCAACAGCUGCAGAACUAUUUGUUACUGGAGCUUUGCCAACCUCUGGAACAUUUCCACCAACAUCUGCUUUAUCAGCAUAUCAGCAUCCCAACGCUUUCAGCAGCAGAAACUUUGCUACUACCCCUUCUCUUACUCUUCAAGAUACUACUUUUAGUGCUACAUCCAAUGGUCUCUUAACUACCCACGAUCCUUUAUUACAGAUUAAAACAUCACAAGGCACUGUUCCAACUGCUUUGACAUUUGAGCGCCUAGGCAGUUCUGUUUUAAGUACCAGUAUACCACCUCAGUCAUCAACAUAUCGUUCUGCUCAAGAAUCUGCACCCCAUCUUUUGCAACCUCAAUUUAGUUUGUUGCCUUCGACCCUUGGAGGAGCUCAGCAGGUUUCUCAGGCGUAUAGCACAUCUGUCUUUACUGGUUCCACUGCUUCUAUCGAUAGAGCACUUCAGCGAGAAUGUAGUGUUAUUAAACACCAUCAGCGGCCUUCAAGUACUCAGUCCGUUCAGGCGCAACUGACUGUUUCACAGCAUUCCUUACACAGCUAUUUAACGAGUACAAGCGGAGUGAAUUUUCAAGAUACUUCUAGGCACUCAGCAUUGUCCUGCAGUCCAGUUGGAGAUGUUACUCAGGUGAGCAAUGGAGGACCACAGCAGAAGACUUCUCAAGUCACAGUGGAACUUGCUCAGUCAUACACAUCUGCAAUUCCAUCACCUGGUUUUCCAUCUGCCUCCACAGCAAAAGUGAAAAACUGUUCCACGAAGCAGCCUCCAAGGUCAACGAAGACGCCCAAACCUCAAAGUGUAGCUCCCACUGUGCAGACACAAAGCUAUGCCAAAACCGCACGAAACCAGAGUUCUGUCAUUACAGGCCAAGCACAGAUCUAUUCUACAGCACAGCUCCCAAGCCUCUUGUCAGUCAGCCAGUCCCAAAACUAUGUUUCAUCCCAGGCUCAGAAUGUGCCACCUGUCAGUCACUCGCAGGAUUUCUCAUCUAGCAAGGUUGAAAAGCUGCCCUCACUGUAUAAAACAUUGACUUUUUCUGGGCAAUCGCAAACUAUUACUUCUGACAGUCAAACUCUAAGCUACUCCUCAGAGGAACAGGUAUUGACUUCAGUUCCAAAUGAGAACUACUCUGGGCAAACGAGGGAACUUUCUUCAGUCAGCCAAUCUCAGAGCUACUCUUCUAGUCACUCUCAGGGUUUAUCUCCAGUUAGCCAAUCCCAAGUUAGUUUUUCAUCUCAAUCACAAGUUUUAUCAGCUGUUAGUCCUUCAGAAAGCUAUUCUUCAGGGCAGUCUUUAACAUUAACAUCGCCUUCUCUUUCCUUUAAUGCCUCUCCUCGGAUACAAAGUCUUCCAGCCUCGAGUCCUAGUCAGAGCUAUAUUUCUUUACAUUCUUCUCAGAACUCUCAGUCACAAGAAUCCUCCUCUCCGCAGUCUCAGAAGUUUUUGCCAUCUGUCCAGUCUCCUUUUGCAUCCCCAGCUCAUUCACAGACACUGCAAAACAACAGGCCUUCCUCGGAAACAAAGUCAUAUGUUAAAAGGAAGUCUGACUCUAAUUUGUAUGCCUCGUCAAAACAAGAGGAAGAAUUAUCAAUGCAGGAUAUGCAGGCAUUGCAACAGCAAGCUUCUCUUGAGUCUUCCACUCAAAGGCUAACCGAUGAGGAAAUCAAUGCUCAGGAUGCAUCCUAUAGGGUCUCAAAGCCAGAUGACAGAUACUCUCAAAGUGUAAUCAGAAGUAACUCUCGUCUUGAAGAUCAAGUUGUUGGACUUACUCUUCAAGGAACAAAAAAAGAUGAAAGAAUGGUCAAUUCUGUGGAACAGCUGUCACAACAUAUUGGCCAUAUCACUAGCCUAAGCCAUGAUUUAAAAAAGACAGCUAAUUUAAUGCAAACAACACAAAUAACUGUGAGUGCUAAAGAACUAAACCAGCAACAUUCUCUUAUGCAUAAGGUACAUGAAAGUAAAGCUCAAGAGCAGCAAGGCCAAGUCAUUAGUACACCAUCGCAGGUUCAAGCUCAUGCUUUAAGACAUGGCCACCAGCUGUGUUUACCCAGUGCACAGGUACUACUAGAGUCAGCCUGUGACUUGCAGAUUCUUCAUCAGUCAAUACUACAGUCAACUUUAGGACAAGCAAAGGCAUCACCACAAGUGCAAAGAAUACAGAGUCCUCAGCAGGUGACGCAUCCAUUCCUUCAGAUGGAUGGUCAUAUUAUUCAAAGUAAUGGGGGUCAUUCUCAGCAACAGCUUCAUACUCAGAAUUCAGAAGUAAUGAAAAUGGACAUUUCUGAGCCCUCAAAACCACUACAGCAACAUUUGACAACAAAAGAUCAUUUUACUCAGACAAAUCAACAUGAUUCAAAAAAUCAGUUUGUUUCUCUUAGUUCAAUAUGUUUCCCAGAAUCUAUACUUCUCAGUGAUGAUAGGAAUAUACUAUCCAAUGUAGAUGACAUCUUAGCAGCAACAGCAGCAGCCUGUGGAGUGACACCAUCUGACUUUGCCAAAUCAGCUUCUAAUGAUGAGGAAAUCCAGUCUGUUGAAAAUAGCGAGGAAUCUAAACCACAGUUCCGAUCAAUGGAUGUAAGACAUGUGUCUUCUGGUUUCAGUGCCUCACCUACUGUAGUUGGAAAGCCAGCAAGCAUAAGUAAUAUUUCUCUGAAUGGAGGCCAAAUUACUAUAAAUCUUACACCAGUGUCAACAAUACAGACUAAAACUGUGAACCUUGAUCAACAGCACAUUGAAACUUCUGAUCAAAACGUACCAACAAGAAUGACCUCUCCCACCCUUGGCCCUGGUCAAGAAGAGCAAGAAAAAGGGGCUGUUUCACUUAAGAAACAAUCUAGCAUCAGUCAUGAAUCUGAAGAAGAUAAUGAUGCUUCUGCUGAUGGUACACUGAAUGCAAGAGACACAGAAUUUGCUUCAAGCGGUAAGAGUCUAAGUGAAGAAAGUGCUGCUUCAGAGAAUGAUUUUAAUAUGGGUGGUGAUGAUGGUACAGUAGCAGGUAAUCAGUCAAAGGGUCCAUUGCAGCCGCUAUCUAUGCCCCGAAGUGGAGAUGGAACCAUUAGUAGAACUGAAGAAGAAUGCCAAGAUUUAACUCAAGGGAACCUUCAGAAGAAAAAAAGCAAAGGAAAAAGCCAAAACAAAACUGCUGCAGAAGAUGACAGUGCAAUUCAGAAACAGGUAAAAAGAAGCGGACAGUGUAAACGUCAAAAUUCAAGAGGAAACGACUCAUGUUUGACAUAUUCUUCUCCUGUUUCUGAAAGCUGUUAUGAUACUUACCAGCAUCAGGAACGAAUGAGGCAAAAAAUUAAAGAAGUUGAAGAAAAACAACCUGAGGUCAAAACAGGAUUUAUCGCAUCUUUUUUAGACUUUCUGAAGUCUGGGCCUAGGCAACAGUUUUCAGCUCCAGCUGUACGAAUGCCAAACAGGACUAGGCGACCAGUUACCCAAAUAGUUCGUGCCCCUUGCCUACAGUCCUCUGCGAAGCCUCAGCCAGCAGCAGCAGCACCACCACCUGUAGCUGCUGAGGUUAGUGGAGAAAGUCCAACCAAAAAAGUUGAUGAAGAACUUAAGAAAAAUUUAGAAACGUUGCCUUCGUUUUCUUCUGAUGAAGAUGAUUCUGUGGGAGGUAACCACGAUCUUCAGAAGAGCAUCUCUACUGCAUUGUCAGCCCUGGAUGAUACAUCUGACAGAAAGAACAAAACAGAAGCUGAAAAAGUGGCGGUUGUUACUGCUGCAGCCACUGCCACUACUGCUGUAAUAAAGCAGGAAUCUCCACAGACAACUGCUCCUGUAGUCACUGUGCAGGAGAAAAUGAAUCCAGCUGACCCCUUAAAAGCAGCUCAACAGGAUGCCGUGACUUCAGACCAGUUGGCAAAGAUACAGGCAACUGUUGCAAUGGAAGGAUGUACUGAUGAGGAGAAUACAGACAGUGGAGGAGAGGGCAUGUACAGAGAACGUGAUGAAUUUGUAGUGAAGAUUGAAGAUAUAGAGACACUAAAGGAUGCUUUGCAAACAGGAAUAGAGCCUCCAGCUAUUUGGAAAGUACAGAAGGCUUUAUUGCAAAAAUUUGUUCCUGAAGUGCGAGAUGGACAGAGAGAGUUUGCUGCUACUAACAGUUAUCUUGGGUAUUUCGGUGAUGCAAAAACAAAAUACAAACGAGUGUAUGUGAAGUUCAUUGAAAAUGCAAACAAAAAGGAAUAUGUCAGAGUAUGUUCAAAAAAACCACGAAGCAAGCCUGUACAGUCAGCAAGGACUAUUCAUUGCAAACCUAGUAGUAGCAAUAACAACAAAACCCCUGAUCCACCAACACCAAAACCAACAGCAACAAAAGUCUCUUCUGUGAAACCCAAAGCUAAACAGCCAAAGGUAAAGGCUGAACCACCACCAAAGAAAAGGAAAAAGUGGAAAGAAGAGUUUUCGUCUUCCCAGUCUGAUUCUUCACCUGAGGCCCAGAGUGAUGAGGAUGAGCUUGUACCUCCAGCUCCCCUUGUUACUCGCUUUUUGAACACAAGAGCUAUGAAAGAGACUUUUAAGAGCUACAUGGAGUUGCUUGUUAGCAUUGCCUUGGAUCCAGACACAAUGCAAGCUUUGGAAAAGAGCAAUGAUGAGCUACUUUUGCCUCAUAUGAGAAAAAUCGAUGGUAUGCUGAAUGACAAUAGGAAAAGGCUGCUUUCCAAAUUACGCUUGGAUCAUACUUUCAAGAACGCUUUGGAAAACUUUCCUGAACUGACAGUGAUCACUCGGGAUACUAAGACAAAAAGUGGAGGAACGUCUGUAUCUAAGAUCAAAAUGAAUGGUAAAGCUUACAACAAGAAAACACUGAGGGCUUCUAAAUCAACCACUAAAUUAGCACAGGAGUUUACAGUAGAUCCAGAAAAAAUACAGUUGUAUUCUUUGUAUCACUCACUCCAUCAUUACAAAUAUCACAUAUAUCUAACAUGUAAAGAAGAGAUUUCCUCUGUUCAGAAGAAGAGUGCAGAUCUAGGACAGGAAGAGAUUGUGCAGCUGUGCAUGAAAAAUAUAAAAUGGGUGGAGGAUCUUUUUGAAAAGUUUGGCGAACUUUUGAAUCGUGUCCAGCAGAAAUGCUCAUAACAAAAACGUAUCCCAAAUCUCGCAUUCUUCUACGGCACUAACCUGAUGGAACAGAAAGCUCAGAGAGAGGCUCUGAUUUCUUUUACAAUGCCAGACUGCGUUCUUCUUCGUAGCCAUUUUUAUUUCUCUUUGUGGAACUCUGUGCCUUGGCUCUUGCUAAGGAAAAGUGAUGCUGCCAAGGAAAUCGGUCCUUUGGAGAUGGAACUAAACAUAAACCUAACCGCAUUUUUAACCUGAAGAAUUAUUUUCUAUUUUGUAAACUAUUGGAUAACUUAGUUUUAUUUUCAGAAAUGUUUUUGACAAGUGAUAAAGCAUGCACUACACAUACUUUUUUUCUUUAUUGCUAAAAAGAUAACAACACUUAAUACUACAGAUUUUUCCAUCCCUGACUAAGCAACAGAAAAGUCAGUGUUGGGGUGAACUAAUUUUUACAUGUCUGGCCACCAAAUUUAGAGUUUUGUACAUUUUGUGAACAGAGCCGGAGUGACAUCAGUUUCUGCAUACGUAUAUUGCCAUCAUAAAAUCCAGAAAUGUCAUUAUGCUUUAUGGACUCCUUUUACUAUUGUCAUGUUCAGGAGACUGAACAUGGAGUUGGUGCAAUCCUAUGACUGCUUUUUGUGUCAAAUUAUAUUGUAAUGAAAGACAAUGACCUUAACUAUUUUCCCUGUUUUGAAGAAAAAAAUAUUUUCCUUUAUACUGUGUUUUUUUUUUUCUUUUGGAAAAAAAAAUUCAAUUGUACAUUUUAUCUCACUAAUAGUUGUAUUUUUCACAGAGAAAAUAUUGUGGUUAAAAUUGUUUCAUGUAUCUUUGUAAUACACUUUCCAUUGUUUUCAGUAAAUCCUAUUCAUUUAUAUGUUGAUUUCAUAUUGUAAACUAUAUAUCUCGAGGUAACCCUUUUGUUUAUACAGGUUUGCUUCAGUGUUAACCAGAAUAAUGCAUACUAGACUAGUUUUGCUUUAAGUGUAGUUGUGUUAGACACUGCAAUUAUUUUCUGAUACGUGAAAAUAAAUUUCUUACUAAACUAGCACUUGAUUAACUGAGAGUUUAAAUGAAGAGCUACUACAUUUUAUCUUCGUCAACAAAGAUUGAUGAUUGACUAUAUGCAGUGUUAAACACAGCUUACAUAAUUGCUCGUAGAACUGGCAGUUGCAGAGCUGUUCUCUUUUUGGUGCCUUUCGAGUCUUCAGACAUCUUUGUAGCUUUUUUUUCCCCUCCAGUUUGUUAACAGUUAGUAGUGCCACUAGUCACACUCAGACAAUGAAUGUAAUGGGCUCUAAUCAGGAGAACAUUUUCUUUAAAUUUGCCAACGGAAUGCCUUACUGAGUCAUUCAGAAUGGAUAUGUACUCUACUGGCGUCCUAAAAAAAGUCAUGUUGGUCUUUUUUCAGAUAAUGUAGAAAAAAAAUUCAUUCCUUUAUCUUUUCACUGCCACUUAGUGCCUUAAUUUCAGCCAAGAAAGCAGGGUUCACUAUUCAUUGGCCAAAUGAAAUAAUGUUCAUUGCCAUGUGACCUUUUUUCCUGUUACCUGUUUUGAUCCUAUUUAGUUGUUAAAUAUUCAUUAGACCUUAGAACUAUAAAGAGUUUAAUGAAUAGAUGUGAAAAUGAAGUGAUUUGAUCUUGAGUAAUCAAAUAGAGGUUUGAAUAUUAAAGUAUGUACAGAAUUUUAGCUGAUUAGUUUUAGAACCUUGUAGGAUGUUUACCAUAUUUCCAAAGCUUUUCAUCUUUUAAAAGCAAUAAUUCUCCUUUACAAUUUGUAUGCAGACUACGGUGAACAGAAGUGGGUAUGUGCCCUUGCCAUUUUUAAAGCCUCUUGGUAGUGGUUUUGCUUUAAAAAGGGAGGUCACUAUCACAUUAAUAGAUGCAUUGUGCUACUGCUAUGUCUACUAUAAUCAAGGCGAGGGAGAUGGGUUUGGGUUUAGGAAGAAUGUGUAGAUUGUUGGAGCAAUCUUGAAGCCAAUUUGUUUUCAGAGUGAAAAGAAGGGUAGGCACAGGGUUGAAGAGUUGCUGUUGUUUCAGUCAUACUGUGUUGAAUCCGGUAGGAGCUAGAGUUUAUAUGGUGAAACCAAACAGCAAAGUUACCAACACUGGUAGCAAUCGGCUGAAAUGAUUUUAAUGUAAAUAUGCACACUGGAGAUAUAGUAGAAAUGUGCCUGGUAUACUCUUUAAUUGAUAGUGGGGCUUCCAAAAUUUACUUAGUAGUGUAUUCCCUUAUUGGUGGGGGUGCUUGGCAGUGUGUGUAGAUUCAUGAGAGGUAUUUACUUGCCCAGGCAGAGUUGUCACAUCACCGUGAUAUGCACAGCACAGUUUGGGAAUUCCUAAUCUGUAGUUUUAAAAAUGAUUAGGAUGCAGACUGAAGGAACAAUAACAUUGGCUCCUUGAUGGUAUGGUAAAGAACUCAUCAGACUUUGUGUCUCACGCAUCCCUUCCUAAUAUGACUAUGAAGCAACUAAUUGAGAGAGGUCUCUGCUUUCUAAAUGAUUUAUAUACUGCUACUGUAUGCUUACUCUAGAUUUUUGAAUCUGGGGGUAGCUUUAGGAAGCUACUUGUUUUAAUCCAAGUCCUUAGAAGCUGAAAAAAGAAACGAGAGGCUUUUGGAGUAGCUUGUCCCUGUUUAAAAAGAAGGUAAUUUUAGCAACAAGCAUUUAAAAAUAUCCCUGGCCAGGAUGCUCUGCACUGCCAUAGAAGGUGACCUGGCUUUUUUUUGGCUGUUUUAUUCCCAAGGCCAGUUAAACAAGCGCUGUGCCUGUAGAAGACAGGAAAAACCUGUCUUGAGUAAAAGUAACUACCCCACACUAUUAAAGAUUAAUGUAAUGGAGCUUCCAUCUUUGUCUUGGGCUGCAAAAAUGGUGGCUGGAUUAUUAAUUUACCAAAUUAGAAUAAGUAAAAACAUGGAACUCUCAAGGGUGUUGAAGGAUCAUAAAUCAAAAUAAAGCUUUGUUAGUGGGAUUGAAGAGGUUUUUUUAUACUGAAGCAAACUUAGAAAAAAGUCAAUGUACAAAUUACUUUUUUGCACAAAUAAUUUGCUUUGUUUUGUUGCAUUUUAGAUAAUGAAUUAAUUCUGCACCCACACCUGAAUCUUUUUUUUUUUUUUUCCUUGAAGUAACAGUGAGGUCUUCAUCCCUUAACAUCUGGCAGUGGAAAUUGAGCACUCAUUUGACUGCAAGAGAAUAUGCACUAGGAAGGAACAAACCCUGCCUUAGACUAUGAAUUAGCAAACCAGAAAUUAAACUAAUUGCAUGAUGAAUUAUUUGGUUUCUAAUUCCACUAUAUUUUCCUUUAGUAUGGCAUCCCCGUUUAUAUUGGGUUUGGUUUUAUUGAAAUACAGUAUUUCUCUUAAAGGCAGGUUUUCUUUGAGAUGCUACUUCCAAAGUUUUGCUAGCAAAAAAUCAGAGACAAAAUUGGCUUGAAAAACUGUUUCUGAAAAUGGCUAAGGACUUUAGGGUCUGUGAAGUUCUAUGACAUGUAUUGUAUUCAUAUAUUGUCGAAAUACUACUUUUUAAAAAGUCAAAUCUUACAGACUGUCUUCCAAGUAAAUGACUUCCAUAGGGAAAUAUAUUUUAAAUAUUAUUUAAAUAUUUACUACUAUUUAAAACAAUUUUAAAACAGAAAAGCUAAAACUAUGGUCACAAAAUGUCAGUGUGUCAUCAACCAUUUCUUAUUUUGUUGCCAACACUUGACAUUUGGUCUCUCUUACCCUAUUACAUACCCGUGCAUUAUGCAAUGCACAUUCUGCCAUAUCUUAUUGUUUAAGCUAAUAAUAACAUGUCAUUGUUAACAAAUGCAUGUUUUUCUGUGUAUCUCCUCCACAUAUGGCAAAAAUGAAGCUAGGGCUAAUUAAGAGACACUUUAUGCAUUCUUAGUCCAGAUUUUCAGGUGGUCCGUAAUACAAUGUAUGGAAAUGUGAAAAAGGACAGUUUUGUACCAUUCAUGAUGUUAUUAACUAAACCCAUUAAAGUGAAAACACUUUUUAAAAAACCUUAUAAUGCUUAGUCAUUUAUUAUUAAAAUAUUAAGCCUGGAAAAGUUAGAUUGUUGGAAGAAAAAUUGGCAAUUUAGACUACAUUUUCUGAUCUCAGUGUGAAGAAAUACAGUUCUAGGGUGCUGGUUUUUUCAUUAUAUUGCAUGGAUUGAGCAUGUCUGGUUGAUCUGGUUUUUUACGUGUAUGGGUUCUGAAUGGUCUGAAUUAAUUUUCACACUAUAUCUGCCAGGUCUUAAACUGAUGCACUAAGUGAGGAGCCAGACAAUUGGGGUAAGAGAGGGACUACAGCUGUGAUUGAGGUGGUUUUUAGCUAUACUAUUUUCUUUUGUUCUCUUUCUUGCUAAACUAGAGUAUAAUCUCUGUGUACCUAUGGGAAGAAAUGGUGCUGUAGAGGGUUUUAGUCUUUUUUUUUCCUCCCAAUUACAAUGAAUUACUCUAGAUAUUCUUACAGAUAUUUUUCCCACACACAGAGGGCUGAAGUCCCAUGAUGUGGAUAUUGGCCGUAAGAUACAUGAUAGGCCCUCUCUGAGCCACUUGCUUGCAGAAAAAGGUGAAUUUGAAGGGCUGGGAUAUUUUUCUUAAUGGUCCUGUGUAUAAGAGCCGCUUCCCAAACCAAAAUGAGUAUAACAUGAGACAUUUGCCCAUGGAGUUGAUUGCUGUUUUCUCCAAAAAAACACUUUGGGAAGUGAGUAGACACAGAGAAUGUCCCAUUGCAGUGUGGAGGCUGAAGCUGCUGAUACUGCAUUCCAGAUACAGGUUAUAAAUUAAGGUGGGUUUUUUAAAAGGAAAAAAAAAAAAAAAAGAGAAAAAAGGCAAGAAGCUGAAUGUAUGUAGCUUUUUAGAGAACAGCAACUCCUACUAUCAACAAUUUGUUGGUAAGUAUCUUGGGCAAUCAAAAUAACUUUUACUGCAUUAGGUAUUCGCCUCUCCUAUAGAAAACCUAACAAAUCUUUGUUUCAUUUCCAGAAACUAAAGAACAGAAAACUGUCUUAAAAUUAUUUUAAUUCGAUCUCUUGUAAGAACACAGCAAUAAAUACAGAGAACAAGCUGUUGAUAAAGGAGAAAAAUAAAAGGUGAGUCAGGGAAAACUGCAAACAAAGAGUGCAUCCCUGCAAAAGUUUUUCUCCUUUGUCCUGGGUAUGCCUUAGGUUUCUGCUUUUAGAAGUGCCAUUGGGCUAUUUCUUGUGCGUGUGUGCGUGUUUAGUUUUGGAUGGGUUUUGCUGGUUUGGGUUUUUUUGUUUGUUUUUUUUUGUUGGUUUUUUUUUUAGCUACCUGAUGUACAAAGGGUGGAGGGAAGUAGCAAUAACAGCAGUGCCCAUGAGCAGAAUUGAAGGAGCAGUUAGACCCUUCCUUUUAGUAAAAACCAGACUCAGAAUAAGGUGGGAGGGCUCAUAUGUAUGUCACGGUUCAUAUAGGAGGAAUCUGAGGGAGAAGAGGGAUGGGAAGUUGGAAGAAACAUGGGUCACAUGUGGGAGGACAUCGGAAGGGAGGAAGAUUUUGGAAAGGGUGAGGCUAGGGGAGCUUUCGUAGUGGAGGCAGUUGAGGAGCAGAUGGUGUAGGAGUCGGGAGUGGUUCUGUUCACGAAAUGGGUGCAGCUAGGCAUGCUGCAACUUAUAUGCUGACUGAAAAGCAGUGACAAAGCCAGCAACGUGAUCUGGGGCAGGUGAAGGUUCCUAGCAGAGGGUCCCACCAGAGGGCCGUCAGCAUUUUGCCACACGCAAUGACUUAUUAAUUCAGCCUGAUCCUAAUUCUGUCUUUUGUUUUGCUAUACAAAGGGGUUUUCUUCAGUUUUGAAAAGCAUGGAUGUCAGUGUAUCUCUGCAUAGAAGCAGUGGGUUUUCUUUGCUUCCUACUAUAAUCCAUUUCUGAGCAUCUGUAUUAACGUGGUUCUUACUUGUAUCAUCAGUGUUCCAACAAGUAUGAGGAGAGCAAAAGCCCUUUUAAGAAGUAUUUGUAUUGCAAUCAUCUGAGAAAAGAAUUUUUAUUUUAUUUUUGCAAAUGCAGGUAUAUAAUCAAAAGGUCGGCACUUACCUUUAUUCAGAUGCCCAUGUGAAGGGUUUAAAAAAACCCCUUACUUUUGGACUGUGUCAUAGCAUGGGUUGAUUUCUCUCUGUGUGUAGUGUUGGAAUGAUGAUCAUUCCAAAUAAAACCAAAAAAUGCUACAGCCCUGUGCAAAUUAGGACUUUGACAUACCUAAGGGAAUUUAUUUGUACAUAAGUUGCUAACAUUUUCCACUCGGGUCUUCUUCCCUGAUAUAGAUGAAGGUGUGUAUGGUAAGCAUACACUGAAACAGCCAUUAGAAGAGGGGCAUUCAAGUAAGUGCACAUUAAUGAGAAUAGGAGUAAUAUGAAAAUGUGUGAGUAAUGAUGCUUAGCAGUAAACUAAACUGUAAGAUUUCCAUCCAGUAUACAGUUAAUAUAUUAACUUUAAAAUACUGUAACUGAGUCCUAAUGGAACAGGCUGAGCAGUUAACUAUUAAUCUUAUAUUUUGUGUAACAGCUUCAAAAUCAGAGUAUUUAUCUUCUGAGCACACUGGGAUGUUUACACACAGAGGAGAAUUUUAAUUGUAUAUCUGAUCCUGUGCAUAUGAUAAAAGUUAUAGAUGGUAGCGGCCACUCUUGGCUCCAGUUACUAUGCUUAGCCUUAAAAAUUUAAUUUAAAAUGCUAUGGUUAUUUUUUCAUAGGUGUUUUUGGUUCAAAUUGUAGUUAAGUCUCUCUAUAUUCUACAUGCGUUACUUAAAAUCUUAAACUGUGUCACUGUGAGUACAUGCUGUAGCCUUCUAAGACUUCUAGGGCUUGUGAUAGCAAGACCUUUUAAGUAAAACUACAUUGUUUGGCAUCAUCUUCUCCUUUCUAACUGUGGUGGCUGCUAGUGUGAUUUGCCUGUGCAUUAUUUAUGUGGCAACAGAAGGUAAAUGGUAUAUGAUAAUUGAAUAAAAGCUGAAGCAUCAAUGGUUUGUCAUGUGUUUAGGUCAAAUUGAUAACUCGUUCAAAGCUCCAGGAGAAUAAGGAUUUAGAUCUGUUCUCUAAGUAAAGCAAAUUCGGUGGUUUCUGAAACCUUCCAGAUACUUCUUGUUGGUCAGCAUGUAGAAAUUAGUAUCCCUGCAGCUUUGGUAACAGAAGAGAUUAAGUGAAUGCUUUUUAUUUGCUUCAGUGCAAGGUCCAGCAACUUUGUUUAAACAGCCAGAGAGGUAGUUUGACCACAGUCAACGGACUUUGCACUAAAGGAGUUGAAGAGAAAGCUCACGUGUUCUGUGAGAAUCCAAGUGUUGCAAUUCUGGAACCAGCUGGUUAAAAAAAAAAAAAAAGUACUAAGUAGUGCUUGGCUGGGGUUUGUUACUUUUUGAUGUGAACUCUGCAAGUUCUGAGUUUUAGUGGGUUAGCAAGGCUCUCUGCAGGAUGCUUCCAAGGCCAUUUUCCCAUCCUCAUCUGUGGGCCUGGCAAAACAUGGCAUAAUUGAGUUUGGUGGCCCCAGCACAUUGUACACUGAUAUCAAAAGGUGAAUUAUAGAUUCCUGCUUGUAGAAUACAUAAACAGCCUGAUCCUCUGUUCUAGAACGCAAGCCUUGCAUACAAUAUAAUUGGUAUGUAGCUGUUUUCUAAAGAAGUUAAAAAAGAAAGAAAAAAGGUCAAAAUCAGGAAUUCAGUUAUGCUUGGCAAAUCCAUUUAGAGUUCUCGCUUUUUCCCGGUUUAUCUAUCAGCUCCUUCUGUCCCAUCAAGCUGGUGCCACUAGUGGCUGCUUACUUCAGGAGUACCUCCCAGCUGGGCAGACGGUAACAAUUACUUGUGUCUGAUUGUACUUGCUCAUUCUGGUUUAACAGGUUCCUGGUGUGUAGAUGACAGUGAGUCUUUACUGUUCUGUGAGGAGUCUUUAUCUGAACAGCAUCGCUAGGACUGUGCCAUCCUGUGCACAUUUAGGCAUGCUGUAAUCAACCUCUGGUUAUAAUUUAUAGUAAUUCUUGAAUAUCUCAGAAAUCUUCUGCAAGAGGAAAAGUUGAAAAAUCCAUUUAAGACAAAAUUCCUUGGCAUUUAUUAAAACUGAGAAGCAGAGGCUUGUCCCUGUGUUUUUGGUGACAUCGCUAAUAGUCUUUGCCCCCUGUACACUUCCUUACAGCAAGCCAUCUCAAGUAAUUCUGGCUCCGACUCGCUCCCCUUCCGGCCCCUGCACGUGGAUCCAUGCUCAGAGUGCAGUGUGUUCCACCGGAGGUCAGUGUGCACCAGCGCAGGCUCAGCGUGUUGCCUCCCUGCCCUUCGUUUGCCAUUGCCCUGCUUGACUUGGUCCCGCAGUCGCAUUGGUAUUCCAUCCCAGGAAUGGAAGGAUUGCGCUCCUGAACAAUGCACCCUUUGUCGAUUCAAACAGGCAGUCGUCCAGAAGCCUCUGUCCUGGGAACUUGUUUAUUGUUCCAGUCUCUUCAAAAAUGUGAGAGUGGAAUCCUUACAGAGCUCACAUCGGUGUAAAACACUGAAGUUUUGCGCUUUGGGAGUAAAUCGUACUCUUGCCCAAGCAAGAGUGCACCUGCAAGCAGCCUCUUCACGGUGGGGCAGAUGUGGUUGGCGUCGUGGUUGAAUGUUGCAGGAUGGCAUCACUGUAUCCCACAGAACCUACUACUACUAUGUGAUCUUUUGUAAUUCAAAUGCAGAUGGGAAAUUGGGACUAAGCAGAGUGAAUUUGUGAAUAACCUGCUCUGCAUCGUAUGGGAGAAUGUCAGUCCUCUCUAACCCGUGGAGUUCAGCCCCAGGCAAACCUCUGGUGCUCUCUAGUACAAAUAGCAGAACAUGGUACUUAGUAAUAAGACAGAUUCACCAUGGGAGUUCUUUCAGCUUCCGCCAUAUCUGUCUAGCAUAUCAAAUAGCCUUUUGCAAUCCAAUAUUGUAUGAAUAGCUGUGUAUUUUCUUAAAUUUGAGAUAAUAAAGGUGGAAGAGAGAGUUUUCUGACUUUUCCCAGGACAGUUUCAGUAUUAAAAAACCCCCACAUACUGGACUUUGUAUUUUCAUGCAAUGAAAUGGAGGGGAUUUGAUAAUAUAACAGUGACUUAAAAAAUAGUAAUUUCUGUAACUGAAGCUGUUGAUUUUUCCUUUACAUGAGUAUCAUUAUGUGAUAGUGAACCAUAAGUUGAAAUGUCAUUUGUCUCAUCAUUUGUGAAUGGAAUGGAGCAACAUUUUAAGGGUUACUGUUUAAAAUGUUCUGCUUUCAUCAACUUCAGAACUGCAGUGAAUACAGGCAUUGUUGAUAUUUAAGUGGGGAAAAAACAAAAGAGUAACUGUUCUAAAUAACUGGAAUAUUUUUCUGAAUUUUUAUGGUAAUUAUUAAUUUCUAUGCUUUUUCAGAAACAGCCAUAAAGAUUGGGUUCAAUAGAUCCUUGCGAUUAUGGCAAUAAAAUGUUAUGUUAUAUAUAAAUUAAAGCUGUGUUGACAUACACUUACUCUUUAAAGCUUAUAUUGUUAUGGGAAGAUGUGAAAUCUAAAGAAAAAAGUUUGGUAUAAGAGAGCCUUCUAUAGUCUGGCACGUUUAUGAGAUGUAAGAUUAGCAUCUGAAGUGCGGAGUUCUAUGUUAAUCCUGCAGAAAAGUGGGAUCUAAAUUAUUUUGAAAAUAAGAAAUUGGACGGGAUUCUUCUGCAAGAAUCCCUCUAUUUCAGUCAAUUUUGAGUGACAAAUCAAUAUUUUUUUUUUCUAGUUUUUGGCACUUAAAAUGUGAAUAUAAUUGGAACAUUGAACAUUUCUUGGGUUUAGAACAUUUUAUGUUCCAGGUUUGGGGUCCUUUCAAUUUUUUCUAAAAAAUUUGAAAUUGAAACAGCCUUUUUCCUUUGUUUCUUUCAAGAAUACAUAACAUUUCCCAAUCACUUAACCAAGCAUUGAUCUGCCAUAGAUAAAACAGCAGCACCCCAUAUUUUCUAUUAAUAAUAUGCCUCCAUCUUUUUUUAGGCAACACAUCCUCCAACUUUUGUCUUUCAGUAAUGAUAUUGAAAGACUUAAUCACACAGUCAUUUUUUACUUUGUGAGGUCUCUAUUCAAUUAUAUCUCCUUCAUUUGUGCGCAGAAUACUGGGAAAUUACAGGUGCUCUCGCAUCCAAACAUGAGUUGGCUGUCCAACUUCCAAGUUCAUUAUGGAAAAAGCUAGACAGCACUUUAUGUAAAAGUGUUCAUCAGUUUAUCGCUUUGUGAUGAUACAAGUUUCCGUUUUGCCUUGUGUCUCCCCAUAAUCAGAAGACCUGAAUGUGGGUGACAGCUCACAUUAUCCUUUAUCAUCUUUAUCCUCAAGCAAAGACUUAAUUGACAUGAGUGAAUCAGAUCCUGAGCAGCAGACAUGCCUGAAAUUGUGGCUGUGGAAUUUAAAUACUCUUUCUGCUGUACGCUUCUAAUUAAACCCUACAGUUCUUACAUAGACUCACAGAAAUGCUUGAAAACUUAAGUUUGUAAAUUCUUCAAAACAUAGGCCACUCUCUCGAUCGUGUUGUAGUUGGUGGGAGCAUUUCUAGAUGACCUAGAAAUAAAUCAAAAUAGAUUUUUCUUUUGCUGUUCCUCACUAUGAAAGUUCUUUAUAACAGUUUCAAAGAAUCUGACACAACUAUACAAAUUAGGACUCGGUUGUGUAAUUUGUUAAAAAUACAUUUUAGUCACCAUAACUAGAUCACAAAAUUGUUGUUCUGUGUAACUUCACAUAACGUUAUUAGAGAGCCAAUGGUAAAGCUUUCCGCAUCAUCAGACUUCCUUCUCUGGUGCUGUUUAUAAUCUCCCUUGCAGACUUGCACCCUACAGACCAGGUUUUGAUGUAUUUACCUACAGUCGCGUCUGUAGUCCUAUAUUUUUCAGUGGAACUGCUUUUGCAGCAAGGUUACUGUUCCACGUGCACGUAGGAAUGCCACUAAGUCGGUCCUAAGUGAUUUGAUGAAUGAAUUAUAUUAAUUAGGUCUUUGUAAUUGGCAUUUUCUUGUGCAUCCUGUAUUCAACUUUAUGGAGGUUAAGUUGGAGAAAACACUGUGGAAGGUGAACCAAAUACAACGUGUUGCACUUUCAUCCUGAGAUCUUUCUGCCACAGUUGAAGGAAUUACACCAGCUAAGAAUGACCAUGC